AGAUUCUCUAAGAUGUGCUUAUACUUAUAAGUCUAUUUCAUGCAUUUAAAUACUCAACUAAAAAAUAUGUAUUUUUUGUGUUUUGCUGGUAUAUGAUUUUUUUCUAUACAAGGCAAUUCAGAUUAAAAAGGGGAACAAAAGUCAAUCACUAGGUGGGGGUGCCAGAUAGCGUGCUCUGGGUUCCUUUCUAUACAUCAUUUUAACUGUUCCCAGGUAACCACUGUGCUGCCCAGGGUGGGACACUUGCACCCUAGAGUAAUUGCUGGGAGUUUACUACACAUGAGAACAGCUUCAGCACAAGAGAGAGUUACAGAAAGAGCAGAGGUUUAGUUAAAUGCAUACACUAGAGGAUUUUAAUAACAAUCUUUUUUUUCAAAUCUAGGUGUUAAAAGAGAAGAGCUAUAAUGGAGGCGUAGACUGGUGGGCAUUAGGGAUCAUCAUAUGUAAAAUGGCAUGUGGGAGCUCACCAUUCAUGGAGUACGGCAACAGGACAGAAUGCCGUUUGUCUAUUCUUCUUGGACAGCCAUGCAUUCUGAUAAGGUUCAGCUUCGAAUUGCAAGAUCUCCUGAGAAUGCUCCUGAAGAAAAAUCCAAAAGAACGACUGGGCUGCAAUGGAAAUAUUCGGGAGCACCCAUUUUUUAAUGCUAUUAAUUGGGUGCAACUAGAAAAACGGACUCUACCACCUCCUUCCCAGCCAGAAGCAGUAAGUACAUGACUACAUGUGUUUUGGUAUGCUACUGCUUAUUAUGAAUAGGCACUUAUCUUGAAAUCUCUAGAUGUUUGUGUUUUAAUACAUGGAGACAAAAAGGAACACCAAGAGCCCCAAUAGUGUAAUAUGUUUUUACAGGGAG